AUGGUGCAGUUUUUCUUACCAAGUCAGUUGGCUGCCUCAUUAUCCCCACCCCCUCCAGGAAGGCCAGAGGUUGUGGUGGAGUUGAUUGAAUCCACGUUUUUCUGUAGGUGUACUAUUGAUGUCUUUCCUGCAAUCAAUUCAAUGGGAUUUCUCGUAGCUUGGUAUAGACUUUCUUCUCAAGAACUCAAAGAGGAACUGAAGCAAGAGACCACUGUUCAUGCAUUCUCUCUUUUAGAACUGGGUGGAAUAAAUAUUAGACUUGGAGAUAGGGUAUGCUCAGAAUUUUUUUUAACUUUCAUGAAUGAUUUUUAAAAAAUAUUUAUUUAUUCCCUUUUUGUUGCCAUUCAAUUGCAGCCUGAAUUUACUACUAUAUCAGAACAUGGGAAAGAAUAUCAAUUGAGGGUCGAUCUGGAAUGUAAAAUUGCAUUAAAACUGAAAACUGUUAAUCAAGGAAAAGAACAAGUAGGUUUAAACUUGGCACUGUCUUCUUGUCAUGUGGAUCUUCACGACAUGACAUCAUCCUGUACUAAUGGAACCUGUAGUGAGGCUGUUGUGUACCACACUGCUAUAACAGAUUUUUCUCAAGAUAGAGAUCGAGUCACAAGCAUUGUUGUGGAAUCAAUACUUAAUGAAAAUUUCCUGUGGAACAAUUACAUUCCAGAAGGCAUUCAGAUCAGAGUAAAGGAUGUUCCAACAGAUUACUGCUACUCAUUUACUGACACACAUAUAAUUACAUUCAAUGGCAGGGAAUAUGAUAAUUUCAGGAUUGGAACAUUUGAACUAUACAAAAACAUGUCACGUGAUUUCAAAGUCCAAAUACAUCAGUGGGACUGUGGAAGCCUACACUACACUGUGUCGUGCAACUGUGGUUUUGUUGCCAAAGAGGAAGGUGAUGUAGUUACUUUUGAUAUGUGUAAUGGUCAAUUACCUGAAUCACAGCCUUACUUGUCUGUAAAGAGCCAAGAUGUAACCAGCAAUAUCAAGAUAACUGAAUCAUCUGUAGGAAGAAAAUUCACAGUACUAUUACUAUUAAAGGGUUGUUUACUUUCCUCUUCAUAG